GACCUAACCAGUGCUGCAAUGUGAAUUCAUUUGUGCAUGGAGAAGUCAGCACCUUAUUGAAAAAGUAAAAGUUUCUGUUGACGUGCAAGGCUUGAAUGUUUUGAGAUGAUCUUCUCACCAGUGGAGAUUAAUGAUACUAGCAUUAACUGCAGUACUCCAAGCUACUUAAAGCUGAGUGAUGCCGUGAAAAUCUCUGCUAUGCUUCUGCUGAUUGUUGCCAUCAUACUGGGAAACAUGUUAAGUCUUCUGGUCUUUCUUAGCUGUAAACAGUUUCACUCUCCACAAGGAUACCUGAAAACCUCCUUAGCUUUGGCGGAUCUUAGUGUUGGAGUUUUGGUUGUACCUUAUUCAGCCUACACGGAAAUAAAUGAAAGCUUCAGCAGCAACUGUGAACAGAACAGUGACUCUAUAGCUGUCCACACGAUUAAUCCAUGUGUUCUCCUUGGACCCAUUUUCGCGGGUUGCACUUUUGUAUCCAUCACAACUAUAUUUUUGCUGUCUAUUGAACGGGGCGUUGCAGUACUGAAACCUUUGCAUAAAAAAGUUGUGAUUACUAAACGCAGGACACUGAGUAUGGUGAUUACUUCUUGGAUACUAAGUUUCAUUGUAGCGGUCACCCCCACUGUUGCCAACCGGGAGAUUACUCUGAAAUACAGCUCUUGCAGUAAAAUGUGCAACUACGUAUUGGUUUCUGGGGGGCAGCCAACUGCAGACUGGAACAUAAUGCUUCUUUUUCCUGUGCUGGAUUUUUUUCUCCUUUGUGGUACCUUGGCACUAAACCUCCUCACGUUUUCUGUAAUUAGGCAGUACAAUAAAACUAGGUUACAGCUGUCCGAAUAUGAUGUCCAGAUUGCUUCCAGCAGACCGUCAUUUGCUGACCUAGCAGCUGCAAAGACUAUUGCUAUUCUGACUUUUGCCUUUUUAGGAUCCUUUGGCUUUAUAACAGUGUUUGUGGUGGGGUCUGUGAUUGGGUACAAGUGGUGUGAGUUUAGUUUUUAUGCAUUUUGGAUUCUAACAUCCAACAGUUGUUGGAACGUAAUUAUUUACAGCAUUCGGGACCCCAAAUUUCGCAUGGGAGUCAAGGAAACGUUCUUUGGCAAGCAAGUGCAGUGUUCUCCAAGCUACCCCCAAAACGUACAAAAUAAGAACAGACCAGUCGAGACUUCUGAUCACUGUGUAAUUGUAAAAAUAUAUAUUUCAGCAAAGAAAGGUAAUUCGUUCACUGUCUUGCACAGUAAUAAAUUAGUUGCAUCAAAUGCAACUUAUAAUACAAAUGAAGGGAGAUGA